AUGGGGAAGAAAGGCAAAGUGAACAAGUUGGCGAAAAUGUCAGAUGAGGAAAGGGCGAGGUAUCUUCAACAUCGAGCUGACAUGGAGGAAGAGGCUCGCCGAAGGAAACAAGAACUUAUUCACAGAUUCAUAAAGAAUAAAUUAGACAAGGAAGAAGCCUACAGUCGUUUGAAUACAGCGAAAAUAAACCAGCAAUGGAGAUUUAUUUUGCGGAAAAUAAAAUGCAAACAAAUGGCUUUGGAUAUCCAGAACAUGCUGAUCAGUUUCAACUUCCUAGUGGAGCGUAAAGACCGCUUGAUAAAGACCUUGGUGAAGGCCACAGACGAUUCAGAUGAGCAACAUCGAAGAGCUUUCCAAGCACACACUGAAAAUGUCAGCUAUUUCCUUAACAUAGGCACUCAGCGCCUUGACAAGCUGCAAGCAGAAUACGAUCAUCAGAAAAACAACCUUCUGGAAAAUUGGGAUAAAGAGGAGAUGGAACUGAUAGACUGCCAGGACCGGGCCGAGUUCAAGCUGAAGCUGAUCAUGUAUAUCCAGGAUAGGGAUUUCCAGAUGUUAAGAAAGGACAUUGAGACGCAACGGGCUACGGAAAAGAAUGAUGCCAGGCUUGAGGUAAGAGAAAAACUAAUAUUUGAUUCAUGA